UUUUAAUAGUAAUGCCUUACGAUCAUCCUUACGUCAUUAAUGUGCGUCUUUCUUGAAGCGAGAAACAAACAACAGUUUGUCCACAAAUUAGAAUAUGUUAACGUGAAACAUGGCACAUUUAAAACAAGAGUCAAAAACUAAAGGUCCGAUUAAAGGAAAAUACUCCAAUAACAAAUGUGCACAUGGUGGUUUAACACACAACAGCAAGAAGAAAAGAAAAUGGGUUGCAGAGAACAAAGUUUUUGAUGGUAACGUUAGUUUAAAAGAAGGUGAGAUGUCCACUUUAAAUAUAGCCACUUCUAAAUUGUAUGAUAAGAUAAAACAUGAAUAUAACAAACUUCUCAGAAAGGAGAGGAAGAAAAUGCAAGCAUCACCAAUCCAGUCAGAGGAGGAAUAUCCCGAGCAUCUGAGACAUCUGUACCUGGGUGAAAAAGAACGACUAGAUGAAGAAGAACAAGAAAAAAAAGAGGAACGAUGUAAAGGGAGAACAUUAGAUGAAGAGACAGAGGAAGAUGAUGAGCUAAAAACAGUGUUGGAGUUACCUUUUACUGAGAAACACAUCUCAAACACAGCGACUGACCAAACUACUGUCUCUGAUUCAGUUAAUGAACAAGCAGAGUCUGACAGCUCCCAUAAGACUCCAUUCAUCCAAAGGAAGCAGAAAAUGUCAUCGUAUCAGAAGACAAAGCAAGAAUAUGAAAGGAUAAAGGAGGAAUUUGCAAGAAAACGAGAGGAAUUCUUGAAAGACAAAGCUCAGCGAGAGGAGGCUCUGAAAAAAUAUAAGGAGAAGAAAGUAGCCACAUGUCAGUUGUUGAAGAGAAAAGCUAAGAAAGGUCAGCCCAACCUCAAUCUGCAUAUGGAGCUAUUGCUGCAAAAGAUUCAAGGUCAGCGCAAAUAAUUCACCAUCAAACAUAAAAUGAGACCGUUUAAAGUUAAAAUAGACUAUCACACAAUA